AUUUCACUAGAAGGCGGUCGUCGGCGUUCCUUUUUCGUCCCGCGAUAACAUAAACAAACAUUUUUCCGUCCUCCAGGCCUUUCGGUUUUUAAGCAACUGUUUCUCUCAAAUGCUGAGAUCUGUACCAUCUACGUAUUCCGUAUCAUAGUAACAAUUUAAACAUUCACGACACAUCUAAAAUACUAGCAAAAUAAUGGGCGAAAAUGACAAGUUAAACAUCGACAACAUCAUAUCGAGAUUAUUAGAAGUACGCGGAGCUAGACCCGGUAAAAACGUACAGCUAUCUGAAGGUGAAAUUCGAGGUCUAUGUUUGAAAUCUAGAGAGAUUUUCCUAUCACAACCAAUACUAUUAGAACUAGAAGCGCCGUUAAAAAUUUGUGGAGAUAUUCAUGGUCAGUAUUAUGACUUAUUGCGACUAUUUGAAUAUGGUAGUUUUCCACCAGAAUCCAAUUAUUUAUUCUUGGGAGAUUAUGUGGAUCGUGGUAAACAAUCUCUGGAAACUAUAUGUUUAUUAUUGGCAUAUAAAAUAAAAUAUCCUGAAAAUUUUUUCCUAUUACGUGGUAACCAUGAAUGUGCUAGUAUUAAUAGAAUAUAUGGUUUUUAUGAUGAAUGCAAACGACGAUAUAAUAUAAAAUUAUGGAAAAUUUUUACGGAUUGCUUUAAUUGUUUACCUGUGGCAGCAAUAGUUGAUGAAAAAAUAUUCUGUUGCCAUGGUGGAUUAAGUCCUGAUUUGCAAUCAAUGGAACAAAUUAGGCGAAUUAUGAGGCCAACAGAUGUGCCUGAUCAAGGAUUAUUAUGUGAUUUAUUAUGGUCUGACCCUGAUAAAGAUACUAUGGGUUGGGGUGAAAAUGACAGAGGUGUUUCAUUCACAUUUGGUGCUGAGGUUGUGACUAAAUUUUUGCAUAAACAUGAUUUUGAUCUCAUAUGUAGAGCUCAUCAGGUUGUAGAAGAUGGCUAUGAAUUUUUUGCCAAAAGACAGUUAGUUACAUUGUUUUCGGCACCUAAUUACUGUGGAGAAUUUGAUAAUGCUGGAGCAAUGAUGUCUGUAGAUGAAACGUUAAUGUGCUCUUUCCAGAUAUUAAAGCCGGCCGACAAGCGAAAAUACAUGUAUGGAGGACUAUCUUCCGGCAGACCAGUAACACCUCCUAGAGGUUCGGGUAAACAAGGAAAAAAUAAAAAAUAACCCUACUUGAUGCAAUAUAAAUUAAUAUAUUUAGGAAUGCAACAUCAAAGAAU